UUCUUUUCCCGGGCGGCGUCGGCCAUGGCGGACGGGCAGGUCCUGGUGAUCGAUGGGCGGGGCCAUCUCCUCGGUCGCUUGGCGGCCAUCGUGGCCAAGCAAGUCCUCCUGGGACGGAAGGUGGUCGUGGUUCGCUGCGAAGGCAUCAACAUUUCAGGGAACUUCUACCGGAACAAGCUGAAAUACCUGGCCUUCCUCCGAAAGAGAAUGAACACAAACCCUUCAAGAGGUCCUUACCACUUCAGAGCCCCAAGCCGCAUUUUCUGGAGGACAGUCAGAGGGAUGCUUCCCCACAAGACCAAGCGAGGUCAGGCUGCCUUGGAACGCCUUAAGGUGUUUGAUGGUAUUCCUCCACCCUAUGAUAAGCGGAAACGCAUGGUUGUCCCAGCUGCUCUCAAAGUGGUCAGACUGAAGCCAACUAGAAAGUUUGCUUAUCUGGGACGCCUGGCCCACGAGGUUGGCUGGAAGUAUCAGGCGGUGACUGCUACAUUGGAAGAGAAGAGGAAGGAGAAAGCCAAGAUCCAUUACAGAAAGAAAAAGAAGCUUACGAAACUACGCAAGCAAGCCGAGAAGAAUGUGGAAGGCAAAAUCUUCAAAUACACAAAGGUGCUGAAGAAGCACGGGCUGCUGGUGUGAGUCCAAUAAAGUCUAUCCUCUACGGCAACUGGA